GUAUAAGAUAGUAUAAGGUCUAUGAAAAAAAAACGGUUUAUAUCACUAUCAUGAACACUGAGACAGAUAAGAAUAUUCUUAUCUAUCUCAGUGGUAAUAAACAAUAAAUCACAUUAUCACUGGUCACCGAAUUUUAUUUUUUAUUUUUUUUAUUAAAUUUUUAAUAUAUUCCGCCGUGGAGAGUCGUUACGCGCGCAUGUGCUCCAUAAUGAGAUUGAGAUAUUAUAUUUCUUCUCCUCCGUACUCAAAUUUUUGAUUGUCAACUUGAAUUGCGUACCAAAAUAUUCAUCCAAGUACCACCGAUUCGCGCAUACUACUCUCAGCUUCCGAGAGGUCCUAGUCCUCCGAGAAAAUCAGACGAUCAAGAAAUUUUUAAUUAACUGACCUGGCUAAGGACAAAAACUGCAAAACAAUUUUCGACAUCACACCCAUUCUUCACACAAAAAUUAAGGUUGAAGAACCACUUAACGUCGUAAGCUCGUACAAUGCCAGAACUGUCAAGACUACGGCCACACUCGCUCUUACUGCAACUUUAAUUCACGCUGCGAUUGAUGCUGUAAAGAUCACGAAUUAUCUGCGCAUUCUGCCAAGGAAGCCACUCUGCCAACUACAGAGGAUGUCAGGUACACAAGCAACUUCAAAAAUCACGUAAGCCAACUUUAAAAUUCUCCCCCCAAAAUGUAAUCCCUACUCACCAAACUAACCCACUGGCGAUCUUUCUAGCCCCCCCUCACAUGUUCAACCCCAACCUCCUACGCUCAUAUUACUUCAGGAACCAAGUCGAAUGCUGUACCUACCCCAGACCAAUCACCAGACAUCAGUUCUUUAUAACUUGAUUUCUGAAUUUAAAUCAAUAAUAAACCCACUCUUAUCCCUUCUUAUAACCGUCAUCACACAACUACAUAAAAACCAUAAUGAUAAAUAAUACUAUUAGCAACUCACUCAUUGUUCUUUUAUGGAAUUGCAAUGGCAUUCUAAACCAUAUAAACGAAUUAACAGCUACAUUACACGAUGAGAGAAUCGACAUAGCUCUCAUAUCGGAAUCCCACCUUACAGACCGAGCUAGGAUAAAUAUCUCCGGCUAUACUAACUGUUAACAUCGAACCACCCAGAAAGUACCUCACCUAAUGAGGUGAAUAAAAUUGUGAAUUAAAAUGUUAAAUAAAAAUGUUGUUGGAAAGACUCGGCACAAUUUGUAGUUCGUGGUGCUUUAGAACUUAGAAGAAUCAGUUCAGUCCAAAUUGAUAUAACCUACCCUAUUUAUUAUAUUAAAACUAUUACGAUUUAUGCGAAUUGCAAUUGUUUUUAACAUCUAAAUAUUUUCUUAAAAGUUUUUUCUAUAUUACCACUUUGCCAGGUGGUAUUAGUAACAAAACAAAUACAUCAACGAAAAAUACGAAGCAAAAAAUAACGUAUGUUUUUAAGUCUCAAAUAAUAAGUUUAUUCAGCUGUACGUAUUACAUGGUAAAAUCUUAUUGCAGGUUUAGGCAAAAACUGUAAUAAAAACCGUACGUUAAUUCUUUUAUCAUUUGAACUUUGUACAUCAGCUAAUAUUUUUAUUAACAAGUUUUAUUAUGGCUUUAAAAAUGAAUUCUUUAAUAAUUUCUAUAGUAGUUUUAACAAUUUUUAUCACAAUAAUACCAAAUUUAGGAUACGUUUAUGAUUCUGAUAAUACGGCGUAUUUGACUUUCGUAGAUGAUAAAAUACAAUAUACAGAUUUAAAAAUUUUUAAAGAAAAAUACAAUGAAGAAAUUCUCCAAUUCUGCAAAAAAAAUAAUAUAAAGGACACUAAUGAAGAGGACAUUAUGUCGGCUAGUCUAUUAUAUUUCAAGGAGAGUUUUGAAGAAUUCAUUAUGUAUGUCGAUGAUUUAUUUGAUCAUUCAGUUGAAUAUAUUUAUUAUUUAUUGUUAUUAAAGGAUGAUACUAAGGAUAAUGAAUUCAAAACAAAUUUAAAACAAUUUAUAAAUAUAUUUCAAGAAUAUAAAAUUGUUUUUGCAAGUAUAACUUUUUUUUCUCUACCUAAGGAUAUCGAAGAAGAAUAUUUUUCAAGGAAAUUUCGAAAUGCUUAUGCAAUGUCCGUGGUGUACGAUUUUAAUUUUCAAGAUAUUAAAGUAAAUGAAUUUAUCAAAGAAGUUUCAGUAGUUAAAUCAGAAUUUGAUAAGGUUCAAGAAGCGAAAAAAAAACUCACUUGGAUAAAACUACCAGAAAAAGAGUAUACACAGUUUGUAGUGCAUUAUAUUAAAGAGUUAAAUGAAUUGAAUUCAACUUUGUUUCCUGAGACGGAAAUUAAAAUUGGCGAUAUUAAUUAUAAUGAAGAAAGUACUGAAAGAAAAAUCGCUGUUGAUCAAUAUAUAAAAAGUAAAAGCCUUAAUUUUGAAAAAAAAUGGAGAAUUGCUGAUAAACAAUUUCAUAAUCUAAUUGUUUACUACUUAAUCCAUGAUAAAAUUCUAAGCAGUGAUAUGAAUCUUGAUGAUGAAGUGUUCAUUUCGGAUAAUGGAGUUAAACAAACUAUAAUUACGGCGUUUUUAAAGUAUUUCAAAGAAAGUUUGGAUAAUUAUUUUAAAUUAAGUGUUUAUUUUGGUAUUGAUGAGAUCACAGAUGAAAAUAAUAAGAAAUUAUUCUAUACACGGAUGUUAAGGACUAUGUUGAGCAUCUACAACGCGUACAUAGGGGAUAUCAAAGCAAAAAUAAAUGUACGCGGUUUUGUUGAAUUAAUGAUCAAUAGAGCAGAGGCCAUACUGGAAUCAAACAAAAAUAAAAAUAUUACUGUUAUACCACUGUCACGACUGAAAAACGAAAGAAAAAAAGAAAUUACUGUUGAAAAUUAUGUGGCUGAAUAUAAUAAAAUCACAGACAUGCCAGAGAAAGCUGAUUGGAAAAGUAUUUUAAAGCACCUUAUAAUUAAUAGAUUAAGGGUAAAUGAAAAAAUGAAAAAUAUUGAAAAGGAGUAAAUGUAAGAUUAAAAAGUUAAAAAAUCGGUGACUAAACAUCAGACGAAAAGUACGAUUUAAAAAGAUACACCUCAACAUAUUUAAUAAUUAUAAUUAAAUAUAAUUUUUAUGGUAUUUUUGUAUACUCAUUAAUAUGUAUCUUUAAAAUUAUUAAAAUUUUACUAGCUGCAAUAACAUAAAAUGAUAUGAUUUAAAGUUUAAUCCUAUCAAACAAAAUAUAAAUGUUUAAUAAUAAUCAUUGUCAUAGUAUAAGAUUAUAAAUUAUUAUUAGAUUGCAAUUAAUAAAUUAUAUUAUAUUUUAUUCAUACAUUAAAAAUAUAA